AUGUCUCCCUCCAGAGGACCGGCAAAGGAUCUUACCUCGCCUUCUAUCGACGCUUCCACGUCUGAGUCGAGCAUAGAUACCAAAGCCAACGUCCGCUCCUCCUCCGCCCUCAGAUCCGCAAAACAAAACCUCCACUUCCUCUUCUCUCCCAACUCACCUAAUGCGCCGCGGCCUGCACACCUCCGAACACGCGCACUCUUACGCUCUCUCCGAUUCAUUGGCAUAUUCGUAUUCUGGCGCAUCGUUCGAUACGCAAAAUACGCCUUAAUUGGCUCGAUCGCGGCAGCAGCUGGGGCCACGGCAUUUGGAGGUGCAGUGAGCGGUCUUACCUUCCUACUUGCGCCUCCCACGUUGGCAACCAGCGUUGGUGUAGGGUUGAUUUGGGCGAUGGGUAAAUGGGGAUUUCGGAAGAUGAGGGUGAGUAAGAUGGCUGCGGUGGAGGUGAAGGAUAGUCAACAAAAUGUGGUGAAAGAUGGCCGGUGGAGGGAUGUCCAAGGUCCGAGAGCUGUGCCAUGGUAG